UUUUCUGUCUUGAUUUUGAGGUACGGAGGAUAUAGCAAACCCAUGUUUUACCUGGGGGACCUGGUAAAAUAUUGGAAUUUUGAUGGUUUUAACACGUGGCCGUUCAUCUCUUUCCAAAGAUUGAAGCUGGUAAAGAUGGACGGAGUGGAUUUAUCACGGAAAUCUCUAUGGCCCCACACAGCUCCGGGCACACGGUCAGAGGCAAUCUACUUCCAAUAAGAUAACCCUAUCCUCGACAACCAGGUCCAAAAGCUGCCACGUCGGAUAUCUCAUAAACUCAGGACCAUUUCCCACCAUUCAUUCCUUCUCCAUCUAACAAUCUGACCAUCUCAUUAUCUACUGUGAUUGAGAAGAGCGAGACCACAGCACAUUUCGAUCACCACAUUCCUAACAUCCCAUACCAAAAUGGUGUCCACGUGGACUGUCUGCGCCGCAUCGUCACCGUUAACUUCCAUGCCCCACCACAGGCAAAUCAGCUCCGAUUCCUUUUUCAAUCCUAUCCGUCCAUUGCCAGCAAAGUGGGCCCUGCCUUCAAGAUCCAACGGUAGGAUGUCCGUAGCCAAUGCCUCGCUCAAGGAAAAAGCAGUCGCGGGAUUGACGGCUGCGACACUGACGGCCGUGAUGGUGUUUCCCGACAUCGCUGAGGCGGCCCAACCAGGGUUCUCGCCCUCCCUCAAGAACUUCUUGCUUAGCAUCGCCGCCGGAGGCGUUGUGCUGACUGCGAUCAUCGGCGCUGUCAUCGGCGUCGCCAACUUCGAUCCGGUCAAACGGAGCUGAAGAGAUUUGGGCACGUUUGGCUGUGUUUGGUAUUUUGAUUUUUAAGUUUAUUUUUUGAAUUUAUGUUAUUAACCGUUAUUUGGCGGGAAAGAUUUGAUUGUGGGUUUUA